AUGAUGGCCGAUACGCCCACUAACACCGGCCAGCAGGCCUCGGCCACGACAGACCCGACCGUCAUCCCGCAGUGGAAGAAGGAGCUGAUCCAGCGGCGCAAGAACCUGGCCAAGACGAUCGGUGCCGUCGCGACACAGGUGCACGAUUCGGCCUCGACGGUGGCCGCGGCCAUCUCGGCUGCCUCGUCACCGGUGCUGGCCCAUCCGCGCACCCCAACCGGGGCGUUCCCCGUCGGCAGCCCGUUCUAUGCCGGUGUCGCAACGAAAGCUACAUCGCCGACUUCCACCGGGUUCAUCGCCACGACGGUAGGUGUUCACUCGCCGAAUGAACACACCGGAGGAGGAUUGGUGGUCGGGUCGCACGGCUCGGUCGCGGCCAACGGAGUUCAGUCAAAUUCCAAUGCGGGUGCGGAACACAACGGUGGAAGUAGUAGCAGUGUCGCUGCUGCCGCCACUACAGCAUCGCGUCCCGUGAGCGCCGAGCAGCAACAGUCGCCGCAGCCCAUCGGCAGCAGCAGCAGCAAGCCUCCGUUUCUGGUCAGCGGCUCGGCAGCACUUUCCAACGGGCAGCAGCAGCAGCAACAACAGCAGGGGCUACUGAGGGACGGCGUCGCAGCCAGGAAGAUGGUCGCAGCCACGGCCACCGAGGAGAUCAUCGUCUACGAGAAGAGCGUGAUCAGUGAGGUCGACGGAGAGGAGCUUGGCGGCGGCGGCGGCGGCAGUGUCGGUCAGUUUGGGCUCGGUGAUGAGGAGCUAAAGUACGGCCCGGGGAUCGUGUCGCGGCUGCGCUGCCGCUAUCUGAGCCUGGCCCUGCGCCAGUCGGUCACCAAGCAGCGGCCGUCGCUGAAUAGUAUGCGCCGCGCGACCAGCCUCAACAAUCUGCUGGACGAGGAAAGCGAGGACCUAAGCGAGCGCGAACAGUCGAUCGGCAGCGAAGGCUGCGGCGGGCCAGGCGGGGCACACGGUGGUCAGCAGCAGCAGCAACAGAAGAAGUACCACACGCAGAGCUAUCACCACACCCAGCACCAGCAGCAGCAGCAUCUCUACGCGAACGGCAACAACCAUCAUAACCAUCUGAUCCACAACCAGCCGCCUCAUCAUCCGCAGCAGCAGCAGCAGCCGCUCGGACCAACGGUAGUUCUGCAGCCAGCAGCGGCGGCGGCAGCAGGGGGCUAUCAGAAGAAGCAACCGUGGCACUACAACCAGCCCGCUUCGGAGGAGCAGCAGGCGGCGGCGACGGCGGUGGUGGUCAGUAAGGCGGCGGCACCGUUUCUGCGCGGAGUGCAAAACAGUUAUACGCGCGCGAGCCGUCAGGUGGAGAAGAAGAACGACUACAAUCGCUACACCAAGCACCACCGGGGCGGCAGCGGCGGCGCGGACUCGGUGCUGCUGAAGCGUGCCCGCUCAGUCGAGGCCCUGGUGCGCUACGAUCACAAGGCCUGGGAGCGGGACGUCACCGGGACGACGAGGACAUCGACGGCGGCCACGGCUGCGACGGCCGCGGCAGCGGCCACACCAGCAACAACAACACCGAUCGUCCCGUCGUCCGUCGUCGAGACGGACAGCAAUGUGAUCAUCUUGGACGAGAUCGCUCCAACGACGACGACCACUGCGGCAGCGACGCCGAACGGAGGCUCGAUCCCCGCCGAGCACCAUCAUCAUCAUCAUCACGGAAGCAACGGUAUUUCUUCGAGCGCGGCGGCCCCAAUCAUCGGCACCUCGCCGACGACGACGAUGAUGAUGAACGGUGGCGGUGGCGGCGGGCGCAUGGCGGUCGAUCUGCUGGUCAGCAGCGAUUGCGUGACGAUCGAGGAGAAGAUCAUCAAUGGGCGCGAGAAGGGCGAUCCGAAGCCGAAGCGGCUGACCUCGUUUAUCGAUGCCGACGAGCGGCCACCGCCGGACGUGGUCAAGCAGACGAUGAAGAUCUUCGAGGCGAACGCGAACCGGCGAGGUCUUGCAGCGUCCCAACGGAUUCCGACGGCACCGGUGGCGACGACGGUGAUGGCACCGGCGCCGGGCGAGGUGGCCACGAAAGUGGCCAGCUACCGAUCGAUCAUUAUCGCCACACCGGCACCGGUGCCGGUGGCGGUCACCGAGAAGCCGCCCAUCACGCACCCGAAGCCACCGCUCAGUCCGAAAAAGCCAAACAUUAAGCCGCGCACCGCUAGUCCGAAGCAUCAGCAGCAGGCCCCGGCCCCGCCGAUCGUGGUCGUCUCGCCCCAGGCAGUUACGGCGAAGCCACCGCCGACUCCGAAAUCGCUCGAAGCGGUCAACAAUCUGAAGAACGCCGCGAUCGGCGCCGGCACUGUGCUGCGAAACGGUGGACCCGCGCCCGCACCCGUUAACCAGCCUCAUCCGGCGGGAACGGAUCCGCCGUCGCCCCUUGCCGUGACCCCUCCGUCGCCGCCGGCACGCAUCGCGACCCGCGAACCCGAACCUCCGCGAAAACCGAACAGCGGCGUCGUCGCCGCGGCCGCGUCACUACUCAAGAACGGCAGCGGCGGUGGCGGUGGCGGUGGCGGUGAUCACCACCACAACGACCACGAGAACGGCGGCCAGAACCAACACACGCACGUCGUUAGCUCCAGUACGGCACCACCGCCGCCGUCAACCCUUUUGGUCCGCCCGUUGUCGUCGUCGCCUUCGCCGUCGUCGGGCGGUAUUUGCGAGUCGCCUUCCCUGCAGCAGCUCACGGGCCAGCUCGCCAGUCUACAUCUGGCGACCUCUACGCCGACAGGAGCGCCGAGUAACGGAACGGAACGGAACAGCAACGGAACGUCCCCGACGACGGCGACGGUUGGUGAUCGCCGUAACCUUGAGUACGUGACGAGCGAGGAGGACGACGACGACGACAGUGGCGACGGCGACGGCGAAGGGCGCCGCACGGAGUACACGGUCAAUCCGAGCGAAUCGAGCGAAGAGGACAUCGCUGUCCUGGGUGGAUCGGGUUCGAAAGACGUCCGCGACGGCGCUGGCUAUCGAUCGCAAGCGCCGCUAAGUAACAGCGAAAACGACGCCGACGACGACGAGGACGAGGAGGAGGAGGAGGUCGGUGGCCAGGAUCGAUCGGUUCGGAAGGUAUCGCGCACCGCGAUGGAGAACAUUGCCCGGGCCGGCACCACGACGCAGUUCCGGUUUAAUGGAGCGACCAAAUCGUACCUUCCGGGGGCCGGCGGGGGUACCGGGGCCGGGGGCAGCAGCACGGUAAGUGGCAAAGCCCCGGCCCCACCGAUUCCGAUUGCUCGCGAGAGCCUGCUGAACGCUAAGCCUGGGGCGGCGGCGCCGGCGAACGAGGUCACCGGAGUGUCAACCGGAAGUGGUGGUGCUCGUGGUGGUGGAGCGAGUUCGAACGCCUCAAAAAGUGACGUCGCCGUCGGUGGUGGUAGUGUGGAUGCUGCUACCGGUGGCAGUAGUGGUGGUGUGGUUCGGGCGCCCGAAGCGCCACUGACCCGGCGGGAGAUCGAGAAGAAUCAAAUCAAUCGCGAGCGAAGUGGCGAGCCCGGUGCUGCCACAACCAACAACAGCAACAACAACAACGGUGGUGUGCAUAAUAAUAGCAAUAGUGGUAAUGGCAAGAUGAAGAUGAUGAUGAUGACGAGCGGUGUUGGUGCGAGUGUGGAGAAGUCAAAAGCGGCCACCACCGAACCACCGCGGCUCGGUGGUGCCGGCAGUGGCAGUGGCAGUGCGGUGACCGACAACAGUACGUCCUCUUUCGUGGCCAAAUGGGGAACGGCGAAUUCGCCGGCCGCUCCAGCCGCCGCCCAGUCUCCCCAGACGGUGGCGACAGCGGCGGUGGCGCCAGCUGCGACGACGACGCCAGCGAUCCGAAAGAAACCGAAACCUCCGCCAAGCCAGCAGCAGGAGGCCAGCAACACGAUGGUGUUCAACUUUAGCGACCGCAAGGACGUCCCGGAUUACAUCGAAAACGAUGGUGUCAUCAUCCGGCCACGCCCGAGAGAGCUACCGAAGCCCGGCGAGUCCGGCUUCGUGGUGCUGGGCGACCUGACGCUGGAAACCUCGACGGAUCCGGACGACGCGUGGGCCAUGGGACCGCCGUCGCCGUGCAACGGUGAAUUCGCCAACGCGUACAUCGUCAUCAAUGGCAAAUCGAGCAUGAGAAACAAGACUAGUAGAAGUAACAAGUUCAAAAUCCAAUUCGAUGAUUCGCUAACCUCGACCUACGAGUAUCCUUCCGAAACGUCCCUGCUGGAGACGAACGGUUUCAACGACGCCGACAGCGGCAGCGGCCCGGACAACUUCGGUGGUGCCGCCGCGGACAGCGGACUCCUUUCGCACACCAACAAACUCCUUUCAUCGGUGCCACUCGGUUCUGCACCGUUCGCUAGUUACACCCCAGUAAAAGCCGCCAUAGACACGACCUUCGAGCUCGGCGUAACGCGCACGCCCUCCCCAUCGGCGGCCAGCACCGCCAGCAGCACCGGUUCCUCGAACGGGAGCACGAGCAGCAGCCGCAGCGGCAGCAGCAGCAACAACAGUAGUCAUCAACAACAUUCUGCGACAUCGCACAGCGACUCGCACUAUCUUCAGCAUUCCCUAUCCGGUGCCACCAUUCCCUAUCCGGCUGCUGUUGCUGCCACUGCCGCUGCCACUAUCAACGGCAACGGAUACGGCCCGGGGCCACAGCUGCUGGACCGACCGAGCAACAACAACGGUGGCAAUAGUCUACACAGCAACGGCCACCACGGGGACGCGGUUACGAGCGCCACCGCUCGGCUACUGAAUGGAGACGCAACGACGCUGUGCGGCACCGGCGAACCAGAAAGCAUUCAGUACCUCAAGCCAGCCUCCGACGAGCAGACGGUCAACUGGAGCCAAGGGACCCGUGUAACGGACCUGCUUUUCUAAUCCGCGCACCGGGCUGCGAAAGCGAAAGACACAUUGUACAGUUUACAAACACAUAGCGAUAACGAACGAGAAAAUUAUGCCCGCUGCCGUUGACCACAGUUCCAAAACGGCCCCAAUGUUUCCCCCUUUCUUUUCCCAUUUUGUUUUUGCGGUUCGAAGAACCAUCGGUUCGAGCGAUUGCGCAGCAAUCGCGAUCGCGAUCGAUCAUUAAUGUUGGAUGUGACAAAAUAGAAUAUCCUUUUUUUUGUGUAGCUGGUCAGCGCAACGGGACGGCAUGCUUUUGAAUUGAACGUCCGUUUUGCUCUGAAUAACGCUUACCGUAAAUUGUUGGACAUACUGGCGUCGUGAGUGGAACAUAAAAAACUGGACUUGCGAAGUGCGAGUUACUCUGCGACGACUGCGAGCCAUUGUUUGUUUGUACUUUAGGUUGCAUCAGAUUUUCUUCGGAGCAGACAUUUUAUGAAUUUAUGAAAUAAAGCCUCAAACUCUAAUAAGCCAUGGGUGUGCACGCAGGACGCUUGCUUGCAACACGACGACGACGCCCGGUGAUCGAUCUUCCCGGAGUCUACUACGGAGCGAAAGCAAACAUUCCCCCGGAACCAACGCGCGCGAGAAGGGCCCGAGUUUCGCCUGAGUUUCUUUGUCGUCGUCCUUUUUUAUUGUUGUGUAGCCCGGAUCACGGAGAAUGUGAAGAAGCAACCGCAGUUCUACUAAUAUUGUGAUUUGAUAUAACCGCCGGAGUUAGAAGCCUGGCAAACUAUUUAAAGGAGAAGCGAUCGGCGGUGUGAUAGAACCUGUAAAUCCAAACCCCAAAAGUGGAUAACGAUGGCACAGAAUAGCACGACAGACAGAUUAAGACGGAGUGCAAAAUCGUGUGCAACAUUUAGCGCUGGCAAAGGUAGAAACAAGCAUUACUGCUAUUAUCAUUACUCUUAUUAAUGCUAUCAUUAUAUUAAAAUAAUUAUUACGGCGACCGCGCCGCCCCCCUUAUACAGAGCAACGCGAGCGCCGUCGUGAGCCUAGAGUGUAAGGUUUUUGUCUUUUUAAGGAAUUUGAAUUGUAUAGAGGUAUGAAAUCGAGUUGAAAACGGGAACGGAGAACGGAUGGAUCGGCCGGAGUGGACUAACCGAGGGCCGAAGAGCGCUCUGCUGCUAACAAAUUGACCAUGAUGUGUGGAGUGGACGGACCAAGAAAAGCCGACCGAAUUUUUUACGAGGAUCGAUCGCCAAUCGAAAUUCGGAUCCGAUGAUUAUCAGGGCCGGCGAAGCGCGAUAUGGGUUGGUUCCAUGCGUGUGGUUGGAACCAUUUUUUUAGCUUUUAAACAUAUUUCGUAACUCCAGACUGCCACCAGCAGCAGGUACGCCGGCGUAGUCACGGCGUAGCAAAAGACAGUUAUAACUACUACUGAACACAUUUAAACACAAUUUGAGUGGCCGAUUAGUGAGUAAGGAUGGCGGCGUGCACGCGCACGUUGCGCGCCAAUGUGAUUAUGCUUAAGAAUUUGGCAACAUGUUUUAAGAACAGGAUCCGGCGGAUCGGCGAUCGGCGAUCAUACAGCACGGCGUCGUGUGUGAGGGGGCGCAAAGCGCUAAAGAGUGGCGCCAAUGUGCCCGCAUCAGCCCAUCUCAAACUGCCUCGAGUUAGUGCCAGUGCCGUAGUAGUUGUGGAUGAUGGCCGUCCCCCGCGCCUUGUACACCAAUUCCUUCGCUUUCUUCGUGCAGAUUGUGCCCCUUUCGCUUCGCGACACAAUCCGCCAUCGCGUAGGCUGCUUCCUCCAUGACAGUCGCUGGCUUUUCUGUAGCGGGCUGUCUAGAAUUCCCUUAAACAGCCCAUCCGGCAGGAGUCGGUGGGAGUUCCAUUUGUUGUGCCGGAGCCGGGAAGAGGGAUAGUGUUUUUGCUCUAGUUUCCAAACUCACCGUUUCCAAAACCGUUCAUUACGUAUUUUUUAUACAUAUACAUGCAUAUAAAACGUAUACAAAAUAAA